AUGGCUCAAACAGGUGCAGAUGAUGAUGAAAAGGCACAGUCUUUGCAACCUGAGUUUGCUUCUAGAAAUGGUGUUGGCGAUGACAAGGAGGAGCUUCGGUCGCAGUGGGCUACAAGAAGAGAUGAAGCUUGGGAUAAAGUGAGAGUCAUUGAUGUUACCAAUCUUGAAGCUGCUGAGAGACAUUUGUCGAUUGAAAAUCUUGUCAAACAAAUCCAGGCUGAUAACCUCCAUUUACUCAGAAAGAUAAGGAAGAGAAUCGAUGAGGUUGGUAUAGAGUUACCAAUGGUGGAAGUGAGGUUCAGUGACCUUUCUGUUGAAGCGGAAUGUGAAGUAGUUCAUGGAAAGCCUAUCCCAACUCUUUGGAAUACUAUCAAGGGCAUACUAUCUAAGAAGGAGAGUGAUUCGUGGCAGCCAAGGAGUCAUUUUGUGGAGUAUGGAGUUAUUGAUUCAAAAGGCAAUGUUGUUGACGAGGGAAGAUGUAAUGAGCUUCAAUGUCACGGUAGCGAAGUUUGUCUAUGGCGUGUUUUGAGAGCAUGUUUUGACGCUGGAGCAAGAUUAACAGAACCAGGAGAGUUUACACUUCGUGCGUUUCUAAAUGGAGGUUUAGACCUUACACAAGCUGAGAAUAUUGAGAAGCUUAUCUCAUCUAAGUCUUCUGCUGCUGCAGAUGUCGCUUUAGAAGGGAUUCAUGCAUAA